AUGGGCGCUCCCUGCAACCAGCUGCCCUCAGCCAGUGAGAGCCAGGAGGGAGGGAGGAAGGAAAGAAGGCAUGAGGGUGCUGAGAAGCGAGGAGGCAGGCUGAGGAAGAGCAGAGGAAGGCAGAAAGAGGAAAGAGGUGGGAAGAGGGAGUCAGAAGAAGGUGGCAGUGAUGCUUCCCUGGCCCCCAUUGCCCAUCCACCUGGUGAGAAACGGAGGGAGGCAGGAGGCACUCUGCACACCAAGGCCGGUGAAGUCCCAUCGUCCCAGUGGUGCCCAGGCCCAGUGACAGACUUAAUCCCAAAAACAAUUGAUCCGUUCAGUGUUCAGUCAAGAGCUCCUUCUGCCUUUGCUGCAGUUUACUCUAAAGGGGGCAUUCCUUGCAGGUUAAUCCAUGGCUCUGUAAAACACAAAUUGCAGUGGGAUUGUCUUCCUGAAACACUACCAUUUGACCCUCUUCUUAUAACUUUUGCAGAGGGUUUAAGAGAAACAAGACAUCCAUAUACAUUUGUUUCCAAGGAGGGUUUUAAAGAAUUGCUCUUGGUGGAAGAUGCUGCUCAGAAAGUCAUUCCAUUGCUGCCUCGACUUGUUCCAGUGUUAAAAGCUGCUUUGGCUCAUUCAAAUGAUGAAGUAUUUGAAAGGGGACUGAAUGCUUUGGUACAGCUUAGUGUUGCCGUUGGACCUACACUUAAUGAUCAUCUGAAACAUCUACUUUCAAGUCUUUCAAAGAGACACAUGAACAAAAAGUUCAAGGAACAAACUACAGAUGCUUUACAAAAGUUGGAACAAUAUGGUGGGAAGGAAAGUUUGACUGUUAUAAAAUCUAAAAUUCCAACGUACCGUUCAAUUUCCUCCUAAAGAAAGACAUGAUGAAGAACAUCUCCAGAUUGUUUGGUGUGACAUAUUAUUCCAUGUUACAUCUACUGCUAUAUUUCUCAGGGAAAAGGAGAGAUUAAUGUUUUAAAAUUAAGAUGAAUGUUAAGAGUAAAUGCCUGAGACACUUAAUUAUGGGGACCAUCAGAAAGGGCAUUUUCUUUGUUCCAGCACUUCUGGGGGAAUGAUAAAUCAGUUUUAUGUUUUCUAUUAAUAGUAUGGUUAACUACCUUUGCCCAAAAAUAACCACAAAGAAAAUAUAAAUGCUUACAUGCUAUGUUUACAUGUUAUUAAACUGAGGUGUAGAGUAUGUUUAACAAAUGUGAUGUUAGAAAUUAAGGGCACACUCCUGUACCAAGGUAAGCACUACUAAGUUGUGUUUGGAGGGAAAGCAUUAAGUGUAUCCUAAAAAUCUUGACAUGGAAGUGCUUUUCUUUGUUGAAUUAUGCUGUGAGUAACUUAUUUUUCAACAGGAACUAAAUACAUAUUUAAAGAGAUAUUUAUUUUUAUACUGUCAGGUUACAGAAAGAUUUGUUUUGCCCAGGAUAGAAAAAAAUGUGUGAAGGUUGUUUCAUUGUAAUUGUUUUUACAAACAGUUAACAUGAUAUAAUUACUCCUACAUUGAAAAUGUAUUGAUUUCGAGUAUUAAAGGAUAUUUAAAAUGCUCAGCAUGUAAUUCAAGUAUUAAACCUUUAAUACUUUU